AUGACUACGCUACCAUACGCUGAGGUCGAUUGCAGCCUUCGGGCUUUAGCCGGCCGUGCCGAGGGUUUCGGCCGAUUUGCCGUCGGUGGUCUCCACGGCGAUCUCUAUGUUGUCACUUCUCUUGCAGAUGAUGGACCUGGAUCUCUUCGCGAAGGAGGCAGGAGGAAAGAGCCAUUAUGGAUUGUUUUUGCAGUCUCCGGAACCAUAAAUCUCAAUUCAUACUUGAGUGUAUCGUCUUACAAGACGAUCGAUGGACGAGGACAACGAAUCAAGAUCACAGGGAAAGGAAUAAGACUGAAGGAGUGCGAACAUAUAAUCAUUUGCAACUUGGAGUUUGAAGGUGGGAGAGGCCACGAUGUUGAUGGUAUUCAGAUUAAGCCAAAGUCCAGACACAUAUGGAUCGAUCGGUGUAGCCUUCGUGAUUACGACGAUGGACUUAUCGAUAUUACCAGACAAAGCACAGAUAUCACUGUUUCUAGAUGUUACUUUGCACAGCAUGACAAGACGAUGCUGAUUGGAGCAGAUCCUUCUCAUGUUGAUGAUAGAUGCAUCCGAGUGACCAUUCACCAUUGUUUCUUUGAUGGAACGAGGCAGAGACAGCCUCGUCUCAGAUUCGGAAAAGUUCAUUUGUACAACAACUACACAAGAAACUGGGGGAUAUAUGCUGUAUGUGCUAGCGUAGAAGCGCAGGUAUUCUCUCAAUGCAAUAUAUAUGAAGCAGGAGUGAAGAAGAAAACUUUUGAAUACUAUCCAGAGAAGGCUGCUGACAAGGAAGAAGUGAGAGCUGGUUUAGUACGAUCUGAAAAUGACUUGUUCUUGAACGGAGCUCAAGCUUCCUUGUUGACAGGAGCCGGCGACGAAUGUGUGUUCCAUCCAAGCGAGCAUUACCCGACGUGGACCGUCGAGCCACCAUCAGAAACUCUCAAGCAAAUCAUCAAAAUUUGUACCGGUUGGCAAUCUUUAUCUCCUCCUUCAGAUCAUGGAGUUCCUAAGUAA